AUGGCAACCCAUGAACUCACGAACGAGGGUGAGCUAGAAGGCCGCCCACCGGAUAUAGAGCUCCAGCAGGAAGAAAAGAGUGCACAGAAUUAUGGCCUCCCUCAACGAUCGCCACACCUCUACCGCCGUCCUAACCAAGACAACACAACCACUACACCAACGACAGAUUCAGGGGAGAGCCUCUAUGCAUGGAGGAAACCAUUCAAGACACCCAGCGAUAGUGGCACGGAAGCUGAUGAUGAGGCGAAUGGGGCGCUAAAACGUCUGCCUACACCCCUGGUAAGCAGGAGGAUAGAAUACCAGUUCAAACGGGGUGAUGAUGAAGUAACUACUACGGAGCGAAAGAAACGAGGGCUCGCAGUUGGUUCCAGACGCUCUAGGAGGCGUAUUGUUGACUCUCUGGAUUCGGGGGAAUUGGAAUUUCAUAUAACUAUUGGGGCAAGACUUCGUAUUGAGGUAUUGCGGCGAAUUUGCGAGACUGCGCUUGUGCUUGGAGUAGCAUUUGCUGUGGUGCUAAGGCGUAGUGUUCGCUCAGUGGUAAAAACCUGGUUUAUAGAGUUAUCUGCCUUUAUUCUCCUUGUCUUGGGCCUUUAUGCUAUAUUUCCUCUCCGGAAAUGUCCUUACGGCAGUUAUCGCACGAAACUAAAGAGGAUCAUAGCCUUUCCGUUUUCAAAAGAUAUAGAUCCAGCUCCCUUGAUAUACCCCAUAUUAAUACCUGUCUUGACAGCUCUGUCUCUAGGGCCAUCCUGUGACUCGCUCGUUUUACUGAACAUAAUUCUAAGCCUUUCAUCUCUGCCAGCUGCAACUAUUCCAUUUCAUGAUUCUGGAACUUAUAGUGUGGUGCAUUGGAUGAUUACCGCCGUCCCUCUUUUCAUUUCUGAGAAUCUACCACUUUCCCGGAGCCCCAAAGACGCUCUGGCCGAACUCGGACUUGAACCAGAACUUUUAGUCCUUAUAUUCCCACUGCAAAAGUCAACUAUCUCGAUUAUUCAAUAUCUUGUUACUUCAAGUUUACUGCCGUCGGAAGUGCAACUCCUGGGAACCGCCUUGGUCAACGUACUUCUUGUCUCAAAGUCUCCUCAGGCUCAGAUCCUCAAAGCCUUGAUCUGGCUAGGCUCACUGUGCAUAUUCAUUGCGUGCAAGCGUGUCCUUCUCUGGGAAGCAACCUUGGCUAAAAUCCCGUCUUGGAAAUUCCGCCGAGCUUCGACUCAGACAACUGAUGAUGAUCAUAUUCUGGGUGCGCUAGACCGUCAAGUUUGCCAUACUCUGAAUCAUCCAUUUUCCGAGGACCAAGCUUCAGAGAGCGAGGUGCAGGUGGAUGUGGAUAGAUCCAGAAGCCGUCGGACCAGCGUACUGUAUAACAAUGUCACGAAACUUCUGGCAACAGAAGUCGAUCUUGACAAGGGGCUGUUUAAACGAGCCGGAUCGAGCCAGCAGCCCCUUUCAGCCAUGGAAAACGAGCUUAGAAUUGAGGCAAGCAUGGACAAGCUAGAUGACCAGACACAGCCUUCUAGAUCAGAUAGUCAGCGUGUUUUGUCUUCUAAAGCGGGAGAAAUGGUGCCUGCUCGCAGAACUACUACGAAGGGAGGUAGACGGAAACGGCAGCUUCCGCCCAGUAUGAGAGCGUUUCUCUCCCUUACCAUGGAACAGGCUACUAUCCGAAAAUGGGCGUAUGCAUUGUACGUCUAUGCAAUGAUUCUUGCUAUCAUACUGGUUCCGGUGAGGUGGUACGUUGGUGAAUACGCCCUUGGGGGGAGGGAGCCGUUUGGAUGGGCGAUUGGGUAUCUCUUCGGGAACAUACCGUCUAUCAGGUUCACGCUGUUACUCUGGAGCCUUGAGGUCUGGGCCUGCAUUCCACCCCGGAUAUACGAUAUCUCAGCAUCCUGUCACCUAGGCUGGGUCGAACAUCUCCGCCGCGACACACUUGGAGAGGCCAACACCCGGCUGUUUCUUUGCGGCUACUGUAUCCUUAUUUUAAUACUAGGACUAUCACUAGUCCACCGGCUUUCGCGUGUGGUGGAAGUGGACACACGCCGGAAGAUCUUCCACGGCAUGAUGGUCGCCAUGUUUUUUCCAACUGUCUUUAUCGACCCAGCGUUUGUCGCUCUAUCCUGCACACUGGUCCUUGCCAUCUUCCUGCUCCUUGAGCUCUUCCGUGCAUCCCAAGUGCCGCCGCUAGCUCGCUGGCUGUCUUACUUCCUCACACCUUACGUUGACGGUCGUGACCAUCGUGGACCCGUGGUAGUGUCUCAUAUUUUCCUCAUGCUCGGCUGCGCCCUGCCACUCUUACUAAGCCUUGCUGGUACCCUCCAUCAAGGCACAGCUCCAUGGGAAGGAUGGGAUAUCGAUGGCCGGGAUGUCAGCAUGGUGAGCGGCAUAGUCUGCGUUGGAAUGGGUGAUGCCGCUGCGUCGCUUGUCGGUCGACGCUAUGGUCGACGCCGAUGGUUCUGGGGCGGCGAUAAGAGUAUCGAAGGGAGUGCUUCUUUCGCUGCAGCAGUCUUUAUUGGCCUUGUGACUGCCCGUGUCUGGCUGGUUGGUGGAGGAUGGGAGGCCCGGGUUGACUGGAUCCUGACGAUAGUCAAGUCUGCGUUCGCAGCUGUCGCAUCAAGCUUCAUGGAAGCUGUGCUGACUGGAGGUAACGACAAUGUAGUUGUCCCCCUGGUUCUGUGGCUGCUGGUGCGUGGUUUGCGGCUGUGA